ACCUGAAGGGUAAGCAUUUGAAGCCUCUGCCAGAUUUUAAUAUUCUGGAAAAAGUCCAGUAGAGACUAGAGCCUAGAGGCGGUGUUGGUCAGUAACGGAAGCACGUGUGUUGACCUAUUGACCUCGCUCCAAGCUGGUCAUCUGAGUUCCACGAAGGCCUUACUCCCCUUACCAGCCUUAGGCCGUAAUGCAGGGCCUCGUUUGUAGAUAGCCACGUUCUUUCAUAAUUUUCUUCCCAGGUCGCCCGGCCUUGUCGACAAUCGGGUUUGUGGUGGUGCUUGCUCGACCAAAGGAUAUCAAUGGCUAUCUGUUGCCACAGGUGUCAGUGCAGUGAGUUAGAGACUCGGGACCGGUGCGCCUAACACUGUCGUGUUUGGAUAGCGAUCAUGGUACAUCUACCCGGCUGCAAGCAGCCCAUUAGACUUGUCGUCUGCGGAUUUCUUGUGCUGUUCACGACAAUUUCUAGAGUCACAUCCCAGGGCACUAUACCGGGAGCGCUUUACCAGUUUGCCCACGUCUCAGGAUGUUGGACCAGCUGCGUGCUGAAUCAGCUGAAGACCGUACCGGCACUCUGUCCAUCUGGAUAUUAUGAGGGACGAUUCACCGAACAGUGUUCUAAUUGCAAGGAUUGGAAGUGUCCAUGCAGCACUACCAGCACCUGGGCAGAGUGCGCUCAUCAUUACAAGUACAAUUGGGGCUGCCCGCCAACGAAGCACCUUUACCUUGCAUAUCGCACACGAGAAUGUCUUCCCUGUGACACGUCCUGCACGGAAUGCACAGGACCAGCGAAAUCAGACUGCACUUCGUGUGUUCCAGGAAAGAUGUCAGUCAACAACAAAUGUACCGAUGUGGAGUACGUCUUUGGAGCGACAACCUGCUCCAGUUCAUGCAACAGUGCGCCGAGUCUGCCGGGAGCCUGCCCGUCGGGAUUCUCCGAGGUGAACAGAGCGGUGGCGUGUUCAGCAGGAUGCACGACGACGUACUGCCAGGCGUGCAGUGACUGGGCUAGCUGUGCGCGUCGCGACAAUGUCUUCUCCGGGUGCCCGACGGGCAGCAGCACGGCCAGCUACUACGUCAAGCAGUGCGCAAGGUGCCGUACAACCCCCUGCCCAAGCUGCCAAUGUGAUCUGUGCCCGACCGCCACACAGUACGUCCAAGGCGGCACAUGCGUAGCAGCGUGCUCUACAGGCUAUCGGCUGGUGUCCUCCAGCAAAACCGACCGAGCGUGUCUGAAAGACGCCAUUGAUCAUUGCAAGACGACGCCGUGCCAGAACGGUGGCACGUGCACUAACUACUACAUGGGUACGGGGUGCACCUGUGCGCCUGGAUUCACCGGAACACGCUGCGAGACGAACAACGACGAAUGCCAAAGCAGCCCGUGCAUACAGGGAACGUGCGUGGACGGCGUCAACUCCUAUUCCUGCAAGUGCAAGCCUGGAUACGCGAGUACCCGCUGCAACAUCGACAUAAACGAGUGUGUCACUGGACCGUGCGGCAGCGGGGGAGUUUGUACCAACACGUAUGGGUCGUUCACAUGCUCGUGCCAUGCCGGCUAUGCUGGCCCAACGUGUGCUGUGAACGUGGACGACUGUGCUACAUCACCGUGCAAGAAUGGUGCAACCUGUCUGGACCUGGUCAAUAACUAUGUGUGUACGUGUUCGCCAGGUUACACGGGCAAGAACUGUACUAUCAAUGUCAAUGAAUGCGCAUCAUCGCCCUGUGCAAACGGCGGCACAUGUGUGGACAGAGUCAAUGGCUACAUAUGUCUGUGUCAGCCAGGCUACACCGGCACGUGGUGCUCCUGCGAUAUCAAUGAAUGCUUAUCGUCACCCUGCAUGAACGCCGGCACAUGUGUGGACGGGAUCGAUGCGUACGUGUGUGCUUGCCGCACCGGUUACACAGGAAGACAUUGUGGAUCGGACGUUGAUGAGUGUGCCAGUAGCCCGUGUCUGCGCGGAGGUACCUGUAUAGACAAGUUGGCGGGUUUUCAAUGCAUGUGUCCACCAGGUAUCACUGGUUUCACAUGUCACGGAGAUGUGGACGAGUGCAAGGCCUUGCCAUGCCAGAACGGUGCCAUGUGUCUGAACACUGUGGGAGGAUAUGCAUGCAGCUGUAGCAUCGGUUACACCGGGUCUCAUUGUGCUGUAGAAAUUAAUGAGUGCUCCUCUGCUCCCUGUCACAACGGUGGGACCUGUGUGGAUCAGAUCGGCAAGUAUGCUUGCACCUGCCCCGUGGGGUACACUGGCUCAGUGUGUGAUGUGGAUAUCGAUGACUGCUCGCCAACACCGUGCUUGAACCAAGGAUCCUGCACGGAUCUGGUGAACGACUACACCUGCUCCUGCGUUGCUGGCUUCACCGGGAGGACAUGCAACUUCAACAUUGAUGACUGUGCGGCUCAGCCAGCCCCAUGCAGCGGACACGGAACAUGCACUGACGGUAUCAACACAUACACUUGUCAGUGCAAUAGUGGGUACACUGGUCCCAGGUGCUCUGUGGACAUUGACGAUUGCUCACCUAAUCCUUGCCAGAAUGGUGCGCAGUGUACAGAUGGUGUCAGCAAAUACACUUGCACAUGUGCUACGGGUUUCACUGGCAGUGACUGUUCAACGAAUGUAGAUGACUGUGUACCACCGCCGUGUAGGAAUCUGGGAGUCUGUGUGGACAAGGUUGCCAACUACUCGUGUAGCUGUCUGACUGGAUUCGCUGGCAGGCACUGCCAGACAAAUGUUGACGAUUGCUUCACGCGACCGUGCCGUAACUCCGGUGUGUGCCAGGACGGCAUUAACACGUUCACGUGUCAGUGUGCACCGGGUUACUACGGCCAAGUGUGCGAGAACGUGCAGCCAACAACGGCCGCGCCGUGGCGUCCCACAACAGCUCACCCCACGACACCUCGUCCCACAACGAGCGUAACAACAUCGCCGCCUACUACCAGUGGACCAUCGGCAUCGUCUUCCUCGGAGCCAAGCACUGCCACAAGUCAAGAGGCUACUACCAAGAGCCAGCCAACAAAAUCUGCCGUGGGAAACAAUGAUGAGCAGACCGACGGUGACAGCAAGCUCGGUGUACCAGUGAUAGCUGGAGCAGCUGGUGGAGCCGCUCUAUUGCUGGCAGCACUGGCUAUCAUUCUCCUCAUUGUCUACAGGAGACGAAAUAGAUGCGCAAAGGCGACGCACUUUGUGAAUGCCGGAUUUGACGAUUACAGCAAUGAGACUUUGGACAGAUCACCCAAAGAAAAGAAGGACAAUCCCUACUCAAAACAUCCGGAAACAAACGGCAGCGGACCAGCAGUUAAACUUAACACGGGUACAAGUUCCGAUCAAGUUCAAGUUCAUUAUUCUGUGAACCAGCAGCAAACUGCAGACGGCCACUACGAAGCACCAGAGCAAUCCCAGCAAGGACAGGAUCCUCUGAAGCCAGUCUCCCUAGCAGCGUCCAUGCAAGCGGAAAGCAACUACUACCAGUUGAAACCAACCCACCUUGAUCAGCACAGACAGCUGCCACAGUGUCCUGGAGACAACAAGACUGGCCCGAAUGCAAUGAAACCUGGAUCUGCAGCGAAUCCUACGUCCGAGGCCGCGUCAGAUGCUGCAGAUCACAUGUAUGGACAGUCUAGAAGUGAUGAGGAUGUGUACGACAAUGGGGAGCUUGGUCCAUAUGACCUUGAUGCCACGACAACGACCAGACUGAUACCAGGAAGUGAUGCGGACUGCAACGAUGUCUAUGACAAUAAUGAGCUGGGGCCUGGAGAAACGGCGCAUGCUUUGCCGACGACACCGAUGCUUCCAGAACGGAACCCGGUGAAAGGAGUGCAGCCCUCGCCUAGGCCUCGGGCAAAGGACGAGGACCCGGCCAACCCAUUCUCCAAGUCGCACGGACUUCACGGCAGAGGCCCGGCUUUGAAGCUCAACCUGGCGGCAGGCCCCAGUCAGGUGCAGCAGUACUACUCAUCUAGCCGCCCUUCAAGCACUGCAGACACAUACUGGCAAGUAUCGGAGGGGCGAUCAGGCGCUUCCAGUCCCCUUUUUGGACAGGCCAGCAGCGAUGCGGGCGACGGUGAUACGUAUGACAAUGGCGACUUAGGUACAGAUCCAACGACAGCCGUGUCCCGAGCUAAGGAAGCGCUUCCAGAAAACAACUGCUUUCAGCUAGAGCCACAGACCAAACACGUUGACCGAGGCCGACAGCUGCCGACUCCUCCGGGUGAGUCCACGCAGGCCAGCACAUUGAAACCAGUGUCGUUAAUGAGGGCAAACACGGCCAGGGAAGAGAUGUACAGUCAGCUGGAUUCAAGUAGAUCCAAUGGAGGUGGUGGUGGAGGUGGUGGUAGCCUGAAGCCAGUGACAUUGACCGAAUCAACUAGCUCAGAUACCACAUACUACCAACUCAAGACUGGGCCACCAGCUAAGCGUGUUGCCCGUACUGCAGGACGGAAGUGAUACUCCACAGUUCACCCAGCCCUACUGCGUUCAGCUUGAAGAAAAGCAUGCAAUAUAGUCAUGCAGCACAAGGCGAGGAUAUGCUUUUGCAACUCCGAGUGCCACGAUAACACAACCAACAGACGUAUGAACACGGCUGGCUCUUGCCUGUGUAAGCGAAACAGCACUUUGACAGUCUACCUGGAGAGCUUUCUCUACACACACACUAUUGGAGUGGAUACAACUGUGAGAAUGUAAUGCAGUGACAGAUUUCCAGAAUGAAUCUUUACUCUAGCACAGGUAUUAGCAGCCGGUCCAUGGAAACUUGAUUCACAACCCGGCCACACAUACAUAACUGUCGAGCAUCCAUGGAGACAAUGUAGAGUAGAUUUCAGCACAAUAAGGGUAAUCAAGGCUUGUUUGCUGCUACUUUUAAGUUUCAUGCUUUCAAUCAUCAGGCAACAUGAUAGCGUAGAUUUCUAAAAUACACAGUAGGAUUAAUGGAACUUGGAUGUCGAGCCAAUAGUAUUCUGUAAAGACUGUACAAUUAUUAUUUCGUUACCUUGGUGGACUGUUAGACCGAAUUUGAUACUUAUAGGUCCCUUAUCUUUAGAAUUGAUGGAUUGAUGAUAUUCCCGCAAGAUAGAAAAUGGUUGAAUUGAAUCAGACUGGUUGUUCUGUAACUGACAAGGAGCACAUAAGCAUUCAUACUCUCUAUCCAUAUCGAGAAUAUUGUAUUUCAGCGCCGAGGUUGGCCACAGUAUUUUUUUUACCCAAUAUUGCACAGUUGCAAAUUCUUCAAUUUAAGUGACGAUCAUUUUCUAGAACAAGUUAUUGUCCACCCAAUGUACUCCUGACACAACAUAAAAAACCGUAUUGCUUGACCUGAUAGAGAUAACAUGUUGCCAAAGCAUAAUUGCACGGUUU